AGUGUCACAUGAUGCUUUCAAUACAGGUAGACGAGCAGGUGUGCGGACAGGUAGGCUACUGUUAUUGCAAUUCAUCACAACUAACAGGAUUCACUGAUUUGAGAGGGAGCAGUCAUCCAACUGCUCUGUAACAACAAACAAGUUUUGACAGGAGGAUGGCCAACUUCAAGGGACAUGCCCUUCCCGGCAGCUGCUUUCUGCUGUUAGGCCUGUGUUGGUCAGUGAUGUACCCUCUCCGACACUGCUGGAGGAGGCGUCAGCCUAAAGGAAGACAAAAACUGCCCCUGUUCUUUAACAGAAUCGACUUAAUCGAGGGGUCACUCGUUAUUUUCUUAGCCUUUGUGGGCAUCAUGGCAGAGCAGUUUGUGCCAGAUGGGCCCCAUGGCCACCUGUACCUCAGAGAGACUAAGUCCUGGGUGAAGCUGAUGAACUGGCAGCACAGCACAAUGUACUUCUUCUUCGGCAUCUGGGGAAUUGUUAAAGUCCUCAGUAUGUCACCGCUUCCAGUCCCACUUGGUCUUGACCGUCUUGCUCUCUCUCUGGCUUUUUUCAUUGAAGGGUUUCUGUUUUACUUCCAUGUGCACAUGCGCCCUCCUCUGGAUACCCACAUCCACUCCCUGCUGUUUGUGGCAGUGUUUGGUGUGGCGGCCAGCACCCUGUUGGAGGUGUUCAUGCGAGAUAACAUCGUACUGGAGCUGCUCAGGGUCAGCCUAACCAUCCUGCAAGGCUCCUGGUUCUUUCAGAUUGGAUUCGUGCUGUACCCAUUAAACGGAGUACAGUGGGAUCUGCAGGCACACGAUAACACCAUGUUCGUCACCAUGUGCUUCUGCUGGCAUCUAGCUGUGGCCCUGCUGAUCGUUGGCAUCAACUACUGGAUGGGCUGGUGCUGUGUACAAAGAUGUGCAGGGAAGGGAGGUGACAUAGAGAUCGGGAUGAGAAAGACAUCCAGCUCCCAGAAGGCUCUGCUACAGGAUUCCGAUGAAGAGUAAGCAGAUGGAUCAUGAAGUGUAACACAGGAGACAGGUUAAACAUUUGCUCAUCCCCGCCUGUGGCUAUAGAGCAACGUACUUCCUUCCAUCCUGGAAAAAACAGAACGUCUAAUGGAUUACCAAAGAUAAUACACUGAACAAAAAUAGAAAUGCAACAUGUAAAGUGUUGAUCCUAUGUUUCCAAUCUGAAUGUGUGGCAUAUCAAAAAGCUGAUUAAACAGCAUGAUCAUUAUACAGGUGCACCUUCUGCUGGGGACAAUAAAAGGCCACUUUAAAAUGUGCAGUUUUGUCACACAACACAAUGCCACAGAUGUCUCAUGUUUUUAGGCACGGUGCAAUUGGCAUUCUAACUGCAGGAUUGUCCAACAGAGCCGUCGCCAGAUAAUUUAAUUUACAUUUCUCUACCAGAAUCCGCCUCCAAAGUCAUUUUAGAGAAUUUGUCAGUACGGCCAACUGGCCUCACAGACCACGUGCAUGGAGUCGCGUGGGCGAGCGGUUUGCUGAUGUCAACGUUGUUAACAGAGUGCUCCAUGGUGGUGGUGGGGUUAUGGUAUUGGCAGACAUUGACAACGAACACAUUUGUAUUUUAUCGAUGGCAAUCUGAAUGCAGAGAUACCGUGAUGGAAUCCUGAGGCCCAUUGUUGUGUCAUUCAUCCGCAACCAUCACCUCAUGUGUCAGCAUGAUAAUGCACGGCCCCAUGUCACAAGGAUCUGUACACAAUUCCUGGAAGCUGAAAAUAUCCCAGUUCUUCCUUGGCCUGAAUACUCACCAGAUGCUCUGGAUCGACAUGUAUGACAGCGUGUUCCAGUUGCCACCAAUAUCCAGCAACUUUGUGCAGCCAUUUUUCUUAUUUAUUUAACUAGGCAUUGAAUAGGAGUGGGAGGAACAUUCCACAAGCCCCAAUCAACAGCCUAAUCAACUAAGGAGAACAUUACCUGCCCCAAUUCAUAGUGCCAACUGUAAAGUUUGGUGGAGGAGGAAUAAUGGUCUGGGGCUGUUUUUCAUGGUUCUUGUGGCAACAGUUUGGUGAAGUCACUUUCCUGUUUCAGCAUGACAAUGCUCCCGUGCACAAAGUGAGAUCCAUACAGAAAUGGUUUGUCGAGAUUGGUUUGGAAGAACCUGACUGGCCUGCACAGAGCACUGACCUUAACCCCAUCGAACACCUUUGGGAUAAAUUGGAACACCGACUGCGAGCCAGGCCUAAUCGCCCAACAUCAGUGCCAGACCUCACUAAUGCUCUUGUGGCUGAAUGGAAGCAAGUCCCAGCAGCAAUGUUCCAACAUCUAGUGGAAAGCCUUCCCAGAAGAGUGGAGGCUGUUAAAGGGGGGACCAACUCCAUAUUAAUGCCCAUGAUUUUGGAAUGAGAUGUUAGACGAGCAGAUGUCCACAUACACUACAUGACCAAAGGUGUCUGUGACCAACAGUAUUCCCAGUCAUGUGAAAUACAUAGAUUAGGGCUAAUGAAUUUAUUUCAGUUGACUGAUUUCCUUAUAUGAACUGUAACUCUGUAAAAUCUUAGACAUUUUUGCAUGUUGCAUUUAUAUUUUUCUUCACUA